GGUGUCUGACGAAAAAUGGUCUUUUAAAUUUUAAAAACAAAAAACUACGCAUUCAAGAAAAAUACGAGUAGAUUCCUUUUGUUUGACUGCAAAUUGUUUCCGGACUUUUGAUCGUCGAUUACGCCCUAGAUUUCGUCAACUUCCGAUAAUCGAAAUGUUCAAACGGCCCCUGAAAGUAAAGUCCCACUCGUCCGUCAAGAAAUCAGAAAGAAAGCAUCUGCUUGAAGCGAUUUGCAUUGUGCAUAAUGGACUGAAACCCGACGAUCUGCGGAAAUCCAUCUUCCCCGAUGGAGAAGAUAUCCUCUGCCUGAAAAUCGAAACCCUCCCUGGCCUCCCAGCAGAGCCCAGCCCUGGGCCAACCAAACCUGCGCCAAAUGCUCCGACAUCGUUCCACAUCUACUGUGAUGCCAAAAAGCAGCCGUUCUUCGCAGCAUACGAUAUCGUUAUUAGUCGGAUUCCCAAGACGACAUUCCUUACCACGUAUAUGCCCACGGUUUACGCUGUAUGGCAGCUCCCUUCACUGGUUCCCUUAUCCUUCGUUACACACGGGGAAGUGGUCGUUAAACUGCAGAAAGGAGCCAAAUUAAUGCUGGCUGGUGCCACACCGACGAAUUCCUGUCUAGAAGCGCUGCAGUCGUGUGUGUUUCGCAAAAACGAGGCGUACGCCACUGUGGUGCUGAGCGGUGCGGAUUCGGUAGUGGGAGUGGGGCGAAUUCUAAUGGACAGUGACGAUCUGAAGCAGCGGCUGGCGGGAGAAGGAGAACGGCGUGGCGAAUUGUUGGAAAUGGUGCAUUUGGUGGAUGAUGAGCUGUGGGCUCUCGGGGAUAAAUCUACCGCUGAAGAUUAUAGACAAAACUCGCAGUUGGUGACCAAAGCGACAGAACCAUCAUUGUUGACGGAGGAAAAUAAUUCCAGCGAGAAUGUCACCAGUGCAGCGGAUAAUUUACCAGAAGCACCAAUUCCGGGUGUCAGCAGCGAAGUAGAUCGCGGCGGUGACAGCACGGAUGUGCAAGGUGAUCCUGAUAUAGUGUUCCAGAAGAUAUUCCUGACAACUCUGAAAUCCCGGGUUAUAGAGACUUCUCUCCCAAUGCUAGCCAGCACCCUGAACAAACACUUACUCGAGAUCAGUCGGCGCAUUUCAGAUCCACCGCUUGAAAUCAAAAACACAAGCUAUCGGAAACUUGGCAAAUUUCUGGAGGAAAUGCAGUCUUCAGGUUUAAUAACUUUAAUGAAGAUUAAGGAAGGAGUUGAAGCUAUUGCGGCUGUUGACUGGAAAAACACUCGGUUUAAAGAUAUUGAAGUCAUACCGGCCGAUCCAGUUGAAGCAGCGGAUAAAGCGUUGAGAAUGCCGACUGCUGUACGUCAAGUCUAUAUUGUUAAUGGAAAGGUCGCUCCUCUUUUCCAGAAUGUGCAUCAAGAAAUGGGAAAAGGAUUCGAAUUUCGGUCUACCGACGCUGUGCGUGAUGUAGUCUCGCAGUACAUAAAGAGUCAUAACUUAGCAUCGCCUGCUGAUAAAACCGUCAUCAAUUUGGAUAAAUUACUUGUCGAUCUUCUCCUGACAAAGAGUAUGAAAUUCGAAGGAAAUUGGCCAAUGAAAUGGGGAGAAGUUUUUGAUAAAAUUCUCAAAGAAAUGUCCGUGAAUCAUGAAGUCGUCUUCACAAACGGAACUUCCUCGGAAUUGAAAGGGAAAUUUGUACCCCUUGAAGUGAAAGUGGAGAAAAAGGCUGGCAACAAGCUGGUGACGGUGGUGCGACAUUUUGAAGGGUUGGGCAUGGAUCCCUUAGCGAUCUCUCGAGACUUGCAGCAAAUAGUGGGAGCGACCGUGGGAGUGCGCGAAGAAGGUGGUCCCAAUAAUAUUACAUCCUGCGUCACCAUCCAAGGCGAUCAGACAAAACUCCUCCACAAAUAUUUCUUCCAAACGCACUCGGUACCCACGAAAUUUGUCACCGGUCUGGAGAAAGCUUCCAAAAAAAGCUGAGCUUUCUAAAUUGCUUGCCCAUGUGAUUCUGCAGGCUUUCUCAGUUUUAAUUUUGUUAAUGACAGACAGUACAGUACUUUAUUUGUAUGCAGUCAUUGGACUUGACCAAUUCCUAGUAAGACAAACUAUGACAUUGUUAUCUGCGGUUAUCACCGCACGAUUGCCUCAGUACAGGCAUAUUAUAUUCUGGAACAUUGUCGUUGUGGCUGCUCGUUUUUGUACAGUUGCAGGUUACAAGAAAAAAUCAAUAAAGGUACAGUA